GUCAGCAUGUCGUCAUGGUACUUCGAGGCCCCAACGGCGUCAACAUCCAAGUCAGACAUGUCGUCAGCAUGAUCCUGUACCACUCUGAUCCCCCUCACGCAGACUCCCACCGCCGCCCAGCUUCAUCAAUCCUGGCACGGUCGUGUCGAGCAAGCCAAAGUCAAAGCAAGCCUCAAGCGGACCAGUGGCCUCUGCCGCAGCACCUCCGCCCAAACGCAAGAGCCUUGCUGCUCUGCGCAGGCAGCGAGCAUGGGAUCUCGCGCUCUCGCCUGCCAAACAGGUCCCGAUGCAGGGCUUCAUGCUCUACAUGUCUGGCGGAGGUGUACAGAUUUUCAGCAUGAUGAUGGUCUGGAUGCUCAUCAAGAACGCCGUCGUUGCCGCUGUGGGCGUGAGCAAAGCUUUUGCGCCUUUCACGGGUGCAAGCGUGCCUCCUGCCGGCCAGUCACCGACCACGCGAGAGAGUUUCGCAGCUCAGCAGACUGUCUACGUCAUCUGCCAGGGCUUGCUGCUCGCACUUGGCCUGUACAAGUGUCAUUCCAUGGGGCUUUUGCCUACCGCGUCGAGCGACUGGCUUGCCUUCAUGGAGCCGCCUGCUCCUCUGCAUGACUCGCUCGCACGUCCCGUUGUCUACGCUGACGGCUUCAGGCCUGUUGUAUGACGUCCCAUCUGCA